UUCGGACAAUUUCAUUCACAAAAUUUUUUUUCUAAAAAUGAAUUUUUCUAAAAAUUCAAUUCUCCCCCUUAUUUUAAUUAUUGCUUUAAAUACAUUUUUGGUAUUAGCUUAUGAAGAUAAACAACAAUCUGAAAAUAAUGGAGAGGUUAAAAAGGGAAAGGAUGAAGCUGAUAAUAUGAUGAAGAUGCAAAACCCUCCCCAAUUCCCUGAAUUGCCACCCUAUUUGGAAAAGGUCCUUCCUUCAGAUGCUAUACAAAAAUUAAAGAUUCUUGACAAAAUCCCUCCACCCCCUGGAUUUGAACGUCUUCCAGAGGAUGUUCGAAACAAACUUAAAGCUAUACAUCGCAAUAAGGAAAAAUCAUGGGCUCAGAAACAACAGGAAUUACAGGCAUAA